AUGAAAAUCUUACUCAAACUCAAUAUGCUACGGCUUGUCUGGAGCUCCAAAUCACUCUGCAGGUUGUUGCAGAAGGACAAUAGGAGGUUUGCUUCACUCAAUCUUUCAGACUAUGAAGCUAUUAACCGGGGUGAAAAGGAGGUCCCAGAGUACUUUAAUUUUGCAAGUGACGUGCUGGAUACAUGGUCCAAAGUGGAAAAGGAUGGAAACCGACCAUCUAAUCCAGCCCUCUGGUGGAUAGAUGGUAAAGGGAAGGAAGUGAGAUGGAGCUUUGAAGAGCUGGGAGUCCUCUCACGGAAAGUGGCCAAUGUACUUUUGGGUCCGUGUGGUCUGCAAAGAGGAGACCGAGCAAUUCUCAUUCUGCCGCGAGUCCCAGAAUGGUGGUUGCUGAAUGUGGCAUGCAUUCGGUCAGGGAUUGUCUUUAUGCCAGGGACACCCCAGCUGACGGCCAAAGACAUCCUGUAUCGACUCCAAGCAUCUAAGGCCAAAUGCAUUGUCACCCAUGACACCUUAGCCCCUGUGGUGGAUUCCAUUUCAUCUUCCUGUCCCUUUCUGCAAACAAAGCUGCUUAUCUCUGAAGGCAGAAGGGGCGGCUGGCUGAACUUCAAGGAGCUACUUGAAGUGGCCCCAUCUGAUCACAGCUGUGUUAAAACCAAGAGCGAUGAACCAAUGAGUAUCUACUUCACAAGUGGAACCACUGGGUCUCCAAAGAUGGCAGAGCAUUCUCAAAGUAGCUUAACUCUCGGAUUUGCAUUAUCUGCAAGGUACUGGCUGGACUUCAAGCCUGCAGACAUCAUGUGGAACAUGUCUGAUACAGGCUGGGUGAAGGCAGCUAUAGGGAGCGUUUUUGGGCCCUGGCUUCGAGGCACCAGUGUCUUCAUACAUAGCAUGCCCCAGUUUGACCCAAGAGAGAUUCUAAAUACUCUCUCCCAAUAUCCAGUAACAAAAAUGUGCAGUGCUCCAACGGUCUAUCGCAUGCUGGUGCAACAUGAUCUCACCAGCUACAGGUUCAAGAGUCUCAGGCACUGUUUGACAGGAGGGGAGGCGCUCAAUCCGGAAGUGAUGGUGCAGUGGAAAAAUCAGACAGGGCUGGAUAUCUACGAAGGCUACGGACAGACUGAAGUGGGUGUGAUAUCUCAGAAUGAGAAAGGGAAGAAAAUUAAACCUGGAUCCAUGGGCAAGCCAGCUCCACCUUAUGAUGUUCAGAUUAUAGACGAAAAUUACAACAUUUUGCCUCGUGGGGAAGAAGGAGACAUUGCCAUUAGAAUAAAACCCAAGCGCCCAUUUUGUUUCUUCUCCCGCUAUGUGGAUAAUCCAGAGAAAACAGCUACAGCCUUUCGUGGGGAUUUCUAUGCCACUGGAGACAGAGGGCGAAUGGAUGAAGAUGGAUAUUUGUGGUUUGUUGGAAGAUCUGAUGAUGUCAUAAUCUCCUCUGGGUAUCGUAUUGGGCCUUUUGAGGUAGAAAGCGCACUGAUUGAGCACCCUGCUGUGGCUGAAUCAGCUGUGGUGAGCAGUCCAGAUCCCAUCAGAGGGGAGGUGGUGAAAGCUUUCGUAGUCUUAUCUCCUUCCUUCACAUCACAUAAUCCUGAGAAGUUAACCCUUGAGCUGCAAGAACAUGUCAAAAAAGUGACUGCUCCGUACAAAUAUCCUAGAAAGAUGGAGUUUGUCCAGCAGCUGCCAAAAACCAUCACUGGCAAAAUCCGAAGAGUCGAAUUGCGGAAGAAGGAAUGGGGGCCCCUUUAAUUCUGUGCUGAGGUUAUCCAAGGGUUUUCCACCAACACGAUCAGAAUUAGGUAGGAACUUCAGUGUGUAGACACCAAGCAGGUACUAAACUGUGUUUGUUUUAAGACUAUUUAGGUAGCGUUGCAUAGGAGGGGAGGGUCAACGUUAAAAGUGACAACCUGAUUCCAAACUAGUUAAUUGCAACUAACAUCUGAGCUCUUGAUGGGGUUCAAAUUAAAAAAACAAGUGGGUGCUGCAACAAGAUGUUAAAGUGGAUCCUUGCCUUUUAGCAAAAGUGCUCCUGUUCGGGCAUUUCACUCUCCCCGCCACCCUAUUUUACAUCUUACCCCCAACUGACAUUCAAUAUUUCUUUGCUUACAAAGCAUGCUGAGUCCUCAUCGAGCAGUGUUAUGACAGUUUUGUCCCUUUAAGUGUUUUUAAAAACAGAUUUGUUUUUGUACUUCUGCGAAACUUGAAGCUCCCCUGGGCUUGCCAAUAACCUCCCCUUUGUUUCCAAGUGGCCCCAUGGUGGCUCCUUUCCUAUUGGCUCUCAAGAGAGAGAAUAUGGGUGCAAGCUGGUGAAUGGACCUGUCACUGAGCCUGUCAUCUAAAACACUGUGCUUCAACCUUGGA